AUGACUCGGUACGGGGGCUUGGGCCGGACGCGCCCGAAGAAACUCACCUCGAAGGCAUCCAUCCCUAUCGUCCGCGAACACGAGAUCGAUAUCAUAGAGGAUGAGAUACAAUCUGCUUUACAACAGAUCGAAACCGGCGUUGAAAAGGCCGAAGAAUCGGAGUUUCACCUGCAAGUUGCCAUCAAUGCUGCCGCCCAAGGUAAAGAUAAGGACGCACACAUUCCCACUCGAGAAGUCAUCCUCAGCGAUAUUCAAUAUGCCAAAUUGUAUCCCCCGGUUUUCUCGCAACCGGCGACGUACAUCCGCUUCUCCUCCACGGUGGAGGAUUGUUGCGGAUGUCCGUACAACAUGAACGAUGAGGAUGAUGUCUGGCUCAAGAAUUACAACUCCAAACGUGAUGCCUCCAGCCAGUGCUCAGAGGAUGACUUUGAAGCCACAAUGAACUUCUUUGAGGAAACUGCGCAGGCAAAGCAGCCAUUUGCCGCGGUGGAUAGUCCCCCCGUCCUCUCCUUUGCCGACAUGGCGGAGUCAAUGGACGCAGCCGUAGAACAUUGUGUAAAACGUUUUGCCAAGGAUGUCUUCGAGCACUGGAAGGCCCGUCGCAUAGCGACGGAAAAUCGAUCCUUGGAACCAUCAUUGAAGUUCGAAACCGGCCAAGAAACGGACGAUAGUGAUCCAUUCGUCUGCUUCCGUCGUCGCGAGGUGCGCCAAAUUCGCAAGACCCGUGGACGCGAUGCGCAAAGCGCCGAGAAGCUGCGUCGCCUUCGUAAAGAGUUGGAAGAUGCUCGUCAAUUGGUCGCACUUGUGCGACAGCGUGAAGUCGCACGCAGAGAGAUGCUUCUCAUGGAGCGCACCCUCUUCAUGCAGCGCAAUGAGGUCAAGGAGAUGAAGCGUAAACUCAACAUCAAGGACGAUGAUGAGGACCUCAUCAACCAAAAGCCCAAGAAGAAGGCGCUCCUGGAAGACGUCCAGGCCGAGAAGGAGAACGAGAUUCUUCGCGAUAUCAAGGCAAACAUUGCCAAGCAUAUCAAAUGGAACGAAGGCUUCGUGGAUCACACUCGGGCGCCUCUUUCUCCAUCUCCCGACAGGACCUUCGAUGCAACAGCAUUCCGUCCUGCGCUCACUGCGCAAUUACCCACACCACCCUCGUCAGAAUCAUCGGGCGAUGCGGUAGACUCGUCAUUAGAUGUGACAAGCCCACUCUUCUCCAAAGAAAGACUCGCUUCACGGGCCUUGGAAUUGCACGAUGGGUCUCAUCGAAUGCCGUCGUUCAGACGCCGCGUUGGUCGUGGUGGUCGUCUCUUCAUUGAUCGACGGAAUCUCGUGGCGCGAUGUAGAGCCGAUCUUGACCCAUUGAAGGCAGAUCGAUACAAGUAUGAUCAGGAGGACUCUGACGAGGAGCCUUGCUAUUCGACAGAUGCGUAUAGCAUCCAGAUCAUGCAACAUCGUGCCAUCACCAUGGCCAAGGCGCGCGAACAAGCCGCAGUGGCUGCCCAAGCUCAUGCGCAGGCGCAGGCACAGGCAGCCCAGCAGCGCCGGUUGCAGGCCGAGCAAGCGGGAAAUGCUCAAGUAGCGAAUCCCGCCCCAACUGCACCGACUGCACCUUCAGAGACGUGA